AUCCGGUCGGUCACAAUCGUGCGGGAAUGUGCAUUCGUGAAUCACUCAUCGCAUCCCCCAACGUUCUACCGUAUUGUACGGUACAGCCCUGUGGUUGGUACAUUACUGUAGACUGUAGUAAGUCGAGGUGAUGGUCGAUCGCUCCUCGUCGCACCAACACCAACCCACCCUCCACAAUCCAUUCGCACUCCUCACGGAGAAAGAGACGACCGUCCMUACAGCAUCGUACCGAUUCGGAAUGAGCCAGGUUUACUCGACGGAACCCCAGACCAGCGGUUCGGUGGUCUUCGAGACGACCGCCGGACCCCUCUCCAUCCACCUGUGGUGCAAGGAGUGCCCGCACACGGUCCGCUACUUUUUGCAGCUCUGCAUCGACGGCUUUUACGACAACCUCGUCUUCCACCGGAUCGUUCCCGGCUUUCUAGUGCAAACGGGGGACGCCGCCUUUCGGCAGGGCGCGGGMAGCAACGACGACGRCAACGAGGGCGAGAAUCCGCGGAAASAGCCGCCGUCCAAAACCUAUCGGAGGCAACACGGGGCGGGAACGGCACUGGACCGCCGAAAGUACGAGCUGAACAGUCGCAUACGGUUCAACCACCGGGGGCAGAUCGCCAUGGCACUGGGGAUCGACGACGACAACGAWRACGAWRACGAWAACGAUAASGACGAGGGAUCCCUCGYGGCGGCGCGGCUCCAGCCCCAGUUUUUCAUCACCCUCGACGAGGCCUCCCACCUGGACGGGAAGCACGUCUGCUUCGGCGGGAUCACCGGGCCCACCGUCUUCAACGCCCUGAGGAUCGGUGGGGCCGAUGUCUACCACAACGAGGCCGACGAGGCCGAUCCGAAGAACUUCCGGCCGCGGAUUCUAUCGGAGGCGCCGAGGAUCCUGCGGACCAGGAUCCUGUCGGCCGAUCUGCCCCCGACGCUUCCGGCGCUGGCCCCSACCCAGGACCGCUCGAUGGUGCCGUGGGCCUUCGAUCCGCUCGGGACCGCGUYCGCCCCCCCCAAGCCAAAGCGCAAGAAAAAGAACCGCAAGGGGGUCAAGAACACGAACCUCCUGAGUUUUGGGGAAGAAAUGAUCGGGGACGACGGCGACGGCGACGGCGAUGGCGGCGCGAAGGGCAAGAAGAAAAAGAUGCUCAGCAGCCACGAUGUUCUGGCGAGCAAAUCCCUCUCCUCGGAGCGAUCGAUYCCGUCCGAACCCUCUCCCAAGGAAAGGGAAUCGGCGUCCUCCGGCAACAAGGAUCCAGAGGACGCCGCUGCCACCGAUCCCCACAAAGACACACCACUGGGCGGGGCAGCGUCAGCGUCAGCGAACCAUAGCCAAACCCCGGCACCAACUCCGACGCCAGCAACCGACACCGGCACCGCGGCGACGGAUUCCGGGCGCGGCGCCGGCCCRYCCCUGCACCCCACCUUUUCUUCCCGUGCCGACCGAGAGACGGCGGCUUCCGCCGAAAGACAUCCGGUUUCCGGUGCAAGCGACCGCGGCGCCAAGCCCGAGAAGAAGAAGGACAAWCCCAAAAAGACAAGCCUGGUAGAAGCACGCCGCGCGAGGUACGCUAGCAAGAACAGCAGGAAGAAGGGAAGCAGCAAGCAGCAGCGGGAAGAAGAGACCAUGGCGAGGUUCAAGGCCUUUCAACAGAAAAUCACCACCCACCAGAAAGAAAGCGGCAUCGGCGACGGGGCGUCCGGUGCCACCGCCGCUACCUACCACGGGCAGAUCCUCGAAACCGACGACGCCACCGGUGGCAGCGAUUGGAUCCGAACCAGGUUCAAGUGCAAGAAACACAUGGACCAGGACGCCAGGGGCAUGGGGGGCGCCGACGGCAGGGGCAUCGACGACUACGUGGUGAUCGAGGAGCGCGGCUCGGCGACGGACCGGAAACCGGGGAAGCGAAAGAGGCACCGGCACGGCUAGUCCUUGUCGGCACCGGUUGGUGCGAGAGCAGCAGGAAUARUACUAUUCUGAUAGUGAUGCCGUGAAUAAUUGCUAAACGUAAAA